CACACACACACACACACAAAUACAUGGCUGUGCUUAACACUGAGGAUGUAGUUAAUCUAACAGUCUGUAGCUGGCAGAACAGGAAGAAAGAACCGAGGAGAUCACUGGCAACAAAGACCUCAGCACAUGACACGGCCUGUAAUAAAUAUUACAGAAACAUCUAAACAAUCACACUCAUCUAUUAUUCACUAGUAGGGUGGUUAGAUGUCCUGCUUGGUUCAUCCAGUAAUUUGAGAUUUUGUCCUGCAUUAAUGUCAGUUUCCUGUUUAGAGUUCAAUCUUGCAUAAACUGUGUAGAAAAAGCUGCCUGUUGCUGUCAAUCAAACUAGGAGGCGGGAAUUUAACGCAGGUCCAGAAUGUGCAGGGGUGUGUCAACAUUUUCUCGAGGGUGGCAUGUUAGGGGCACAAAUUUGAACAAGUAAACGAUCCAUAAUCUUAAAAAAAGAAACAUUUUUUUUUAUAGAUACAGGGGUCCUGUACUGGUGCAGCAAUAGCUCAAGAGGUAGAGAGGGUUGUCCAGGAAGGUUCCAGGUGUGAUCCGGACAGAGAAUGCUGCUGUUGUGUCCUUGGGCAAGACUCUUAACUCACCUUGCCUGCUAGUGGUCAUCAGAGGGACCGGUGGCGCCUGUGCUCGGGAGCCUCACCUCUGUCAGUGUGCCCUGUGGCAGCUGUGGCUACAUCGUAGCUCAUCAUCACCAGUGUGUGAAUGUGUGUGUGAAUGGAUGACUCUGUCGUGUAAAGCACUUUGGAGUCCUCUGAUUCUGAAAGGUGCUAUACAAAUGCAGGUCAUUUAUCAUUUAUUCUGCCUUGGCCCCCAAAAUGCCUCAGUUCUACCCUUGGUGUGGGACAGAGUUUUGAUGGGUAAUCUGAAUUGUAUCUGUAAAUAUUACAUGUGUAUAACUUAUUGCUUUAUAAGGUGUAGUGGGAUAAAUCCAUCUAUACUUUUCCUUUUCAAGCUGUUUGGUUUGUUUUCUUCUUUUUUUGUGUGUGACUAUUUUCCUGCCCUGUCUGUCUCUCAUCUUCCUGAAUCUCCUUUCAGUCAUGCAGAAAAACCUUUUCCUAACCCUACCCCUAACUCCAACCCAGCCAAUGGUCCCAGUCCUUCCCCGUGUCUCUCACAAACUUCUGCAGCAUCCUCUUUAGGGUCUGAUUAAACCUCUCCACCAAUCUAUCGGGUUGUGGAUGGCAUGGGGUGGUCUUUAUCACUUUAAUGCCCAGGUGUUUGCAGAAGAGCCGCAUCAAGUUUGAAGCAAAGUUUUUGCCCUAAUCUGUUAUGAUCUCAUCAGGUAUUCCAACAUGAGAGAGCAGCUGCACCAAGACUCGAAGCACCGCCGGGGUCAGUGAUGGUACAUAGAGGGAAAGCCUCUGGAACAUGUGUGGCAUAAUCACACAAAAUGUACAGUAAAAUGUCCACAACUGCUUUUUACUAACGGGUCGACAAUGUCCAUUGCCAAUCUGCGAAACGGUAAGGUAAUGACUGGCAAAGGUUGCAACAUCCCUCUGUCUGACUUGCGAAUAAUGGCUGUCUUCUGACACUCCUGGCAUGUGCUACAAUAUUUUUGAAUAUCAGUGUACAUGUUCAGCCAGAAAAAAUGUGGACUUACAUGUAUUAUGGCAACCUAAAUGUCCUGCCCAUGGCACAGUGUGUGCUAGGUGCAUGAUAAGAGGCCGACAUACAAAUGGAACCACUAAUCACUUAAACCCAUUCUCAGUGUUAUACAAAAUAUCCCCCUCCAUGACAAAGAGAGGUUCGGUGCCCCCGUAUCCACCCCUGACUGAAAAACAAUGCUCUGAUAUUUUCAUCCUCCCUCUGCAAUACAGUGAUGUUUUCAGGUAAAUGAGGUAAAUCCCAUUUUAACUCAGUUUCACUUUGUGGCCCCACUGCUGGCAGUAAAAGCAAACAAAGUUCUUACUCGGUUGCUGCGGUGGUUGUUCACGACGGGUGUUACCUGAGCCCACACUGUCCAAUCGUCCCUCUUGUAUUCUGCUCUUUAGUUUAGGUGAACGUAGGAAGGAGCGAUGGUUCUGGUUCACAUCCAAACCUCCUCUCCAUGCAUUGAUGAACUGCAUAGCCAGCCUUGCUGCUUGUUGUCUGUCCCUUGGUUUGUGUUCUUUAACCCACUUGUGUACGUCAGGAGAAGGCAACAUAAGAAUUGUUCCAGGAUAUGGUCUUAACGAUCUGUUCCUUGUGCUGUGCAGGCCGUACCCAUCGCUGAUAAAGUCUCAUUAACCGGCUUCUAGUGGAGCCUGUCACCCUUUCAAGUGAGUCAGACUCGUUGCUGUUCAAACCCUGCGUGCUGGGUUAAUCCCCUAAACUAAAGUACUGCCAUUGACAACAAAAUCCGUCAUUUUAAAUUCAACCGCUCGCUGCCAUUGAUGACUUAAGUUAUCAUUUGCAAUUUUUUUGUACUGGACCAACAUUAGAAAGAGCCCCCACACCGUGAGAACAAACGUCCCAGCUCUAAAGCUGAUCUUCAUCCGCAGAUGCCCACAGGAACACAGAGCAGGGCGGGAGAAGGGGGACCAGGAAGGAGGGCCAAGUGGAACUGAGGGACCAGUGGAAAGGAGGCAGGGAACAGUAGAGUCCGGGGACCUGCGUCUUGGGCAGAGGAGGAGACGACGACGGGCUCUUGGGGGUCUGCGUCUUGGGCAGAGGAGGAGAUGACGAUGGGCUCUGGGAGGCUCGUGCCUGGUGAGGGCAGGACCGGCAGUGACGCUGGAGGAGACGGCGUCGACCUCUGGGCUGGAGGAGACGGCGUCGACAUCUGGGCUGGAGGAGACGGCGUCGACCUCUGGGCUGGAGGAGACAGCGUCAACCACUGGGCUGGAGGCAACGGCGUCGACCACUGGACAGGAGGGGGAGACGUCGACCACUGGACUGGAGGGAGAGACGUCGACCACUGGACUGGAGGGGGAGACGUCGACCACUGGACUGGAGGGGGAGACGUCGUCCACUGGACUGAGGGGGAGACGUCGACCACUGGACUGGAGGGGGAGACGUCGACCACUGGACUGAGGGGGAGACGUCGACCACUGGACUGGAGGGGGAGACGUCGACCACUGGACUGGAGGGGGAGACGUCGACCACUGGAGUGGAGGUGGAGACGUCGAACAGGAGGAGACGUCGACCUCUGGAGUGGAGGAGGCGUUGACCUCUGGAGUGGAGGAGGCGUCGACCUCUGGACUGGAGGAGGCGUCGACCUCUGGACUGGAGGAGGCGUCGACCUCUGGACUGGAGGAGGCGUCGACCUCUGGACUGGAGGAGGCGUCAACCUCUGGACUGGAGGAGACGUCGACCUCUGGACUGGAAGAGGCGUCGACCACAGGACUGGAAGAAGCGUCGACCACAGGACUGGAAGAGGCGUCGACCACAGGACUGAAAGAGGCGUCGACCACAGGAUACAAAGAGGCGUCGACCACAGGAUACGAAGAGGCGUCGACCACAGGAAACGAAGAGGCGUCGACCACAGGACUGGAAGGGGCGUUAACUUCUGUCGACUUCUGGUCCGGAGGCGUCGACUUCUGGUCCGGAGGCGUUGACCUCUGGUCCGCCGACUUCUGGACCGCCGACUUCUGGACCGUCGACUUCUGGACCAUCGACUUCUGGACCGUCGACUUCUGGAGUGGUGGUGCGGGACCGAGUGCUGACUGAGCUGAUGGCGCCGGUAACUGGGAGAGCAGGGUGGAUAGAUUGUCCAGCUGGAGCUCCUGGAGACUGAGGCUCUGAUGGAGUUUGGCCAGCUCAGCUCGGAGACCAGCGAGCUCUGCUGGGUGGACUGACGGCUCGAUCCUUUGGCCCAGAGACGAGGGAGCUGCUGACUGGACCGAAACCUUCUCCUGAUGAUUCGGGGAGGAUAGGGUGUCCAGCUGGAACUCCUGGAGGCUAACGAGCUGACGGAUUCGGUCAAGCUCCGCUUGGAGGCCGCCGAGCUCUGUCAGCUGGGCUGUAGGCGUGGUUCCUCUGCCUGCAGAUGACAGAGGCGCUGAUUGGACUGGAGGCGGGACUGCUGGUCUGACUGGGGAUGGGUCCAAGCUGGCGCGCCGAGCCGGGGCAGCGGCGAGCUCGCGGCUCUGUCCUGGGACAAGGGGUGACGGUGGAGCCCGGCAUCCUUCCCAACGCCGUGGGCAUACUCCGGGGGAGCACACAGCCAGUCCGGACGAAGAGGAGCCGGCCAGUGGUCUGCGGCGAGAAACUGAAGCAGGUACUCCCAAGGGAUAACCUCCCCGCUGGAUCCUUCUGUUGGUCGGUUCAUUCUGUCAGCGUGUGCCGGUGAGGGGAGCGGAGGUGAGGAUCCACAUGCUGGGGAGGAAUCAGGCAGGCAGACAAACCAGAACGAGGUAAAGACUUUAAUAUAGCACACACGCUGGACAAUGAAACAAUGAACCGACAAUAGACACUGAACAGAAGGGGUUUAAAUACAUGAUGGCUGGGAGCUUGGGUGAUUGGAAAACGAGAGGCAGGUGGGAGCAAUUAACAGAGACACAUGGCUGAACAGAAUGGGGGGACAAGAAGGGUGUGACAAGAAGCAGAAAACCCAUGUGUUAGGAGAUCACUUUGGGCCGCUGCUGUGAAAAAAGUGAGGCGCGAACCGGAAAAGCUUCUGCCGCUAACACUUCGACAAUGGAUUAUGAAACAAUGGAUAACGCUCGAAACACGCUGAUUCUUCCUGAUGUAAGAACAUAGACUGUACAUACUGGACAAACGGAUUCCAUAGACUCCAAUAACACGUUUUUUGUCCAUAAUGGGAGGUGGCCACCACCGCCAUUUUGACCGUGUCACAGGUUCCGUCCAGCCCAGACAAUUCCAUAAAAGGGAAGAGAGGAGGCGCUGAGGGAUCGAGUGACGAACUAGCUACGAGCUAAUCUGAAGCUAACCCUGGCUAACCCAAAGCUAAAGCGGAGGUGGGAGCCGAGCUAACGAAUGUAGCCACCUAGCUUCAAUUCAACCGGAGCUAACUGGAACACCCAACGACCUGACCCUCACACGGAGUUUAGGUGGAGGUUUUCUGCGCCUGUUCGUGAGAAGUACCUGUAUUAAAAAAGUUUUAAAUCGGUAAGUUUAUAAUUUAUUUCCGAAAUGAAAACAUUUUGCUUUGAGCAAGUUUUCAGUAGUUUUUUUCGGUGCUAUCACUCCUGAGUCGCACCAGCCAUUAAAUGUAUCAUGAAGAAGAGAAAAUAUAUUUAAGUCGUAUUUUGGGGGGACAUUUUAUUAUCUUUCUUACAAAAUCUGAGACCAAGCGUUUCACAUUGCAACACAAGCACCGGUAACCAUAACAGAAUGAACAGCCAGCAGAGGAGAGGAUGGCGGUGUUUCAAACCCUCCCGGCCGGCGUGGAGAGCUCAUUCCUGGGCUGGAGCCGGCCCUCAGCACCCCGCCACAGGCUCUAACAGAUGCUGGCGGUGUUUCAUAUAUUUCCAAAACGUAAUACUUGUUUGUAUCUUGUAAAGCCAACUAGCCUUUAUUCUGGACUCAGUACAAUUUACCAAAAGUAAAGAGACAUUAUACAGAUGAAGUAAGCACAAGAUAACUUACUGGAAGACACGGAAUUAUCAUCAGAACCAGAACAAGAGAGCCUGAUAACUGUCAUGUGAAAAUAACAGUUAAAAAGUAUGUAUGUAUAAUAGAAAUAAAAAUAUAUUAGAAUUAGUGUAACUCACUGUGAUCCAAACAAUAAAUCAGCCAUAGCUGAUUAGUAAAUAUGACAUGAGGUCUGGGAGUUUUUAAGUUUCAUUCUUUUAUUACUUUUUUUCUUAGAUCUGUUAAAAGGUCACCAUGGCAGCCUGUGUGUCUCCAGCAUCAGCUACACAACGCAGCGUCCAUUUGGAACAUUGGAGACAGCUACGUGAGGUGUGGUGCCCAGAGAGCUGCAGAGACCGUCGGACACAACCUUGGCCUCCCUGACGUCUGUGUCUCCUGGUUUGGUUGGGGCGGACCAUCGACAUACAUACAUGUGCCGACACUUUGCGCCCUGUUUUAUAAAAUGUAGUGUUAAAAAUAAAUGUUUUUGCUCAA